UGCUGCUCCUGCUGCUCCUGCUGCUCCUGCUGCUGUUUGCUGUUGUGUUGCUUUGGACACGGCUGACAGCUGCCAUGAGUGAAUUCAGGAUCCACCAUGAUGUGAAUGAGUUGCUCAGCCUGCUUCAUGUCCGAGGAGGCGAUGGAGCAGAGGGCUAUAUAGACUUACUGCAGAAACACAGGACUCCCUAUGUCACCACUACAGUCUCUGCUCACAGUGCCAAGGUCAAAUUAGCAGAGUACUCUAAAACCCCUGAGGACUUCUUGAGGAAGUAUGAGGAGCUCAAGUCCAAAAAUGUUCGCAACCUCGACCCUUUGGUCUAUCUUCUCUCCAAACUCUGUGAGGAUAAAGAGACGCUCCAGUUUCUGCAGCAGAAUGCCAAAGAGAGGUCAGAGUCGUCAGCAAACACAACGUCAACCACAACUACCAGUUACUCUCUGCCUCAGACCAGCACCAAGAUGUCCAUGCAGGAACUGGAUGAGCUGCGAAAGAAGCUCGGCAACGUGACGGCCAGCUCCAACGCUCCUCUGCCUGCUGAAGUCACCCGGAAGAUGCUGAGGGACAAACACAACAAGAAGAACCCCACCCAACCCAACCCAGUGUUUCCUAACUGGGUGUGACGAUCUCCCCUCUUCCCGGAUCUCAUCUCUGCUAUACGUAGUCUGCUGCCAGACACUGGCUCAGUAUAUUCCUUUAAUAUUCCAGCAAAUGACCUUGUUUGUUGUUGGUGUUGGUGUUGGUGUUGGUGUUAGUAAUGGCGUUUUCUACCCUCAGGUACGAUGCCCAUGGCUACUCAGGAACAGGCUCUGGUGGAGGAUCUGCUGUUUGUCCUGAUUGGAGUUGAUGGGCGAGACAUCACAGCUCAGCCUGUACUGGGGAGGCAGAACCGCUCCUUCAUUGUUGAUUCGACGCUGGACAUGUCCAUCAAAGAGCUGCUGGAGCUGUAUUUACCAGUCGCAUCGUAUUACUCCACUAUAACACGUUUCAUUGAGGAGAAGUCGUCCUUUGAGUACGGCCAGGUGAACCACGCUCUGAGCGCGGCCAUGAGGACCCUGAUGAAGGAGUACCUGAUCCUGGUCACUCAGCUAGAGCACCUCCAGCGGCAGGGCCUGCUGUCCCUGCAGAAGCUCUGGUUCUACAUCCAGCCCACCAUGAGGACCAUGGAGAUACUGGCGUCCAUUGCUUCCUCAGUGGACAAAGGGGAGUGUAUGGGUGGGUCAACACUGAGCCUUCUCCAUGACCGAACAUUCAACUACACCGGUGACAGCCAGGCUCAGGAGCUGUGUCUCUACCUCACUAAAGCAGCCAGCGUCCCUUACUUCGAAAUACUGGAGAAGUGGAUCUACAGGGGCAUCAUCAAGGAUCCAUACAGCGAGUUCAUGGUGGAAGAGCACGAGCUGCAGAAGGAGAAGAUUCAGGAGGACUAUAACGACAAGUACUGGGAUCAGAGAUACACCAUCGUGCAGCAUCGCAUUCCCUCCUUUCUACAGAAAAUGGCAGACAAAAUAUUAAGCACAGGAAAAUACCUCAAUGUGGUGCGGGAGUGCGGCCGUGAUGUGACAUGUCCUGAUGCUAAGGAGGUCCUGUACACCCUGAAGGAGAGGGCCUAUGUGGAGCAGAUCGAGAAAGCUUACAACUAUGCCAGCAAGGUCCUGCUGGACUUCCUCAUGGAGGAGAAGGAGCUGGUCUCACGCCUGAGAUCCAUCAAGCACUACUUUUUGAUGGACAAAGGUGAUUUCUUUGUGCACUUCAUGGACCUGACGGAGGAAGAGCUGAAGAAGCCAGUGGAUGACAUCGUUCCCCCCAGACUAGAAGCCCUCCUGGAGCUGGCUCUCAGGAUGAGCACGGCCAACACAGACCCCUUCAAAGACGACCUCAAGAUUGACUUAAUGCCUCAUGAUGUCAUCACUCAGCUGCUGCGGGUGCUGGCCAUCGAGACCAAACAAGAAAAGGCCAUCAUCAACGCGGACCCAACAGACGUGGCCCUGAGCGGGCUGGAGGCCUUCUCCUUCGACUAUAUCGUCAAGUGGCCGCUCUCGCUCAUCAUCAACAGGAAGGCACUGACGAGGUACCAGAUGUUAUUCAGACACAUGUUUUAUUGUAAACAUGUCGAGAGGCUGCUGUGCAACGUGUGGAUCACCAACAAGGAUUUCAGGCAGUACUCCUUACAUUCUGCCAAAUGGUUUGCUGCCGCAUUUGCGCUUCGGCAGCGCAUGCUCAACUUCGUGCAGAACAUCCAGUACUACAUGAUGUUUGAGGUGAUGGAGCCCACCUGGCACAUCAUGGAGACCAACCUGAAAACAGCGUCAAACAUUGAUGAUGUGCUUUGCCACCACACCAGCUUCCUGGACAACUGCCUGAAGGACUGCAUGCUGACCAACCCUGAGCUCCUGAGAAUCUUCUCCAAGCUCAUGUCUGUCUGCGUCAUGUUCACAAACUGCAUGCAGCGGUUCACUCAGAGCAUGAGGUUGGAACGCCUCUCUCUGGAGCAGGGGACUAUGGAUGGGCCUCCCACUCAGAGCGAACACGCUGAGGAGGCAGAGAAGAAGAGGCUGACCACAAAGUUUUUAGCUGAGCACGUGGACGCCCUCCAGUCAGACGCGGGCUUUGAAGCCACCAUCAGCAAGUUUGACAGUAACUUCAGCAUGCUGCUGCUGGACCUGCUGGACAAGCUGAGCAUCUACAGCACCAACGACUGCGAACACAGCAUGAUCAGCAUCAUCUACAGGCUGGAUUUCAAUGGAUUCUACACUGAGCGCCUGGAGCGGAUGGCCAUAGAGCGGAGUCAGAAAGCAGCAGCGUAGCAUGUUAUGCCAUUGGGUGUGUGAACGAUCACCCCGCAGUGAAGACGUCCUUUCCUCAUGCCUGUCCAUCGGUCCCACGCCAGCCGCCCAGAUAAUUACCAUACAGGCCCUUCGGGCUGUUGAUUCAGAGAGCUGAUACUUAAGUGUUUAUAUUACAUAUUAUGUACUUAAUGAGAUGUAGAGUUAAAAGUCGUCAUGUUUGCAGCAUCAUUUCAAUGCUUCGGGUGUAAAUUUGAAGACCUCUGUAACUUAUAUGUUUAUUCUGCUCUGAACAUGUAAGUCAUAUGACACUCCUUAUGGGUAACUUAUUGUACCUGUACAGUGAAAAUGUAUGUUUGUAUUGCGCUUCAUUAAAACGAGACUUUACUGAAUGAA